ACGUAAAUGGCCGAGGGUUUUAUUGAGCAAGUUAUAUUUUAUUGAUUAGAAAACGAAAAAUUUGCAUAAUUCUCGAGAAAAUUUGGCCACAAAAAGGAUAAAAUACUCUGAGUAUUAUAUCACUGUAUAAAAUCAUUUUACCAAAGAAUGAAAGCAAAAAUGAAUAAAGAGGAAGGUAAAAUAGGAUAAUUUCAUGACAUUAAACAGGAGAGGGGGAAUGAAUGUGAUUUUAUAUGUUAGCAGAAUUGUAAAUCGGAUCGCAAUUGGAUUUCAUAACUUAUGGCGGCAAAGAAACGUUUCACCCGCACAUAUAGGCGCUCCGCGCUCACAAUAGCGGCAAUUUCUUAUCACCAUAUGCAUGCAGCAUAAUAUGCAUAAUAUGCAUGGUCCAUGCACGCGGGAUGUUGCGAGAGUUUCGGAAAGCGUGAAAAUACACGAGCCGUAAGCGAGUGUAUUUUUACGCUUUCCGAAAGUCGAGCAACAUCCCAAGUGCAUGGAUCAUGCUAUCCUGCACGGGAAAACCAUUUGGUAAUUGUUUUAUAAAAUUACUACAGUGAAACGACGGUUAACUUGAUUAAAAUUACUGAUGAAAUGUGCAGUUCUCACAACAAUCGUGAAUUAACCAAUCGGAGAAUCGCUACUACGCACUAUUGAAAACAACAUGCAACAACAAAUGUGAACAGAAUUUGAUCGCAAAUUCGCGAAAAUAUACAGCGAAAAUACAAAGACUUUUUCGAUAAAAUAUACGAAAUUUGAAAUGGAAAACCCGCUAAACAGAGAGCCAAAGUAGUUUUAAAGAUUCUCGACCUGAAUACUUGAAGAUUGCGAAGCGUUUGAACUUCGAAGCGAGAGAUGUUGUACUUGCCAUGGUCUGAUGAAUUUCAACGCUACGCAUUGCUACUUGCUGAACAGCAAUGUAUCGAUCAGAAAUUUAUCCAUACAACUAAACCAACGUCUCAAUAAUUGCAAACUUACUUCGAAGUCGAAAGGUAUCGUACAAUAAAACUUUACAAUGCGAGUAUAUUUGUAAAAUUAUGUGCAAGAAUUUCUGUUCAGAAUUUCACGUGCAGGAUUGUCUGAUCCCGCGCGGCUGUUGACCAAUCAAAUUGCGUGUUUCACUGUAGUUAUUAUAUAAGAAUAUAUCAUUACUUGUUAUAAUGGUUCUACUGUUAGGUGCGACGACUGAAAAAUUAUAUUAAUAAUAAUUGUGGCAUUAUCGAAACCGUUUUUGGAACUAAUUGCUUGACUUGCUUUGGUUUCACUGUUGUUUUCUUUCUAUUUUCCAUUGUUUCCUUGUCCUUUUCGGCAUUGUUUCCGUGCCCUUUUCUCUUUCUUUCUUGGCUUUUCGGUGUUUUUUUGGGUGGUUCCAAUGUUGGCGGUAGAGGAGGUCCCGGUAUGCCAACGAAAUGGAUAACACAUGUCUUUGGAGGUUCUUCUGUGCACAUUAAAGGCAUGGUGCCACACGAACAGUCAGAUGGUCCUGUGCAUGGUUAUUCGAACGUACAUCUGUCACUCUUGAGAUAAGAAUGAAAAUAGGACAAUAUUAUUGUCAGGCUAUACUACUAACUUAAAAUCACAAGACUGACGAGAUCCUUUCUUCUUCCUGAUAAUAGAUUCAAAUAGUUUUCAAAAGCGAGUUCCUUCGAAAUUUCAAAAUCAAGUUCCUUUAAUCAAAAUCUUUAAAGAUUCGCUAAACCAAAAGGUUGCACCAUAGCCCGCGUGCAGGCCCAAGGGAGCAGGCUGAAGGGAACUUGAUAGUGGGCCUGCAAGCAAGGCCCGGUAUUUUGUACUUUCCGCGUUCGCCCACGAACGCGGCAUUCUGAUUGGCUGUUUGCUGUUGGAUUCUAUAAUUAGGUCAGUGAUUCAUCACAAAAGCAUAGACAAAGGCUCUCGAUAAGCUUAAAAUUCGAAAAUUGAUCACUUUUUUCGAUUACAAAUGGAACAAGAACAGACUGUUUAUUGUUUACUUGAAGGAAGAAAUGUUUUUGCCGUUAUGCCAAUGAGGAUUGCUUGUCGUGAGGUGUUGGAAUAGCAACAUUUAUUACGAAUGGGGUAUUAAACUAUAGUAACCUUUACUUGAGUUUCAUUAAUUUCAAACAGACUUGAUACGUUAUAUGUUCCUCAAGAAAAUUAUCUUUUGGUUGAUGUUGAGAUGCAGUUGCAUGUGAUGUAAGCCUAUUCAAAAUACUUUGCGAUUUACAAGGCUUCGCUGAGAGAGCAAAAGAUAAGACGGUAUUAAAUUGCCGUUUGAAACGAAACGAUCUGGACUCUGAACGCUCUCUUCUUUUGUAGAGUUCUCACCAAAUGAAAUAACUGAAAUAAAUUUCGUACUUUCCGCCGCCAACAAGAAUUGCACACACGAUCUGAUAAGUGAGACAAUUUAUUUAUAACAAUGGCGACAGCGAAGCAACAUAAAUGCUGAUGUGGUCGCACGACUUCCCUCACGAUUUGAAGUUUGAGACUGGUUUUCUGUUGAAAUUCGUCUUAAUUUGCCUGUUCCGAUUUUAGUUGAAAAUGAGCACUUGUAAAUUUGGCAAUUACUGACUGCGUUGCUUGUUUUUUUUGAGUUUUAACACAGGCAUUUACACAUUGUUUCUAUUUUGAAUAUUAAAGCAGAGAAAACCCCGCAACAUUUUAAUGCGAGUUUGUUUGUUAAUAUUUGGGUUGCUGUCAUUGGUUCUUUUUUGACAAUUGACGCGCGAAUGGGGCGUGUUAUGAAAAGGGGCGUUUUACAAAAUACCGGGCCUUGCUUGCAGGCCCACUAUCAGUUCCCUUGGGCCUGCACGCGGGCUAGUUGCACCAAGGAUAUUAAAAACAAUGAAUAACAUUUUGUUUAUUUCUUAUAUUUUAACGAGCUAUCUCUCUUGCUGGUUUAUGGUAUUCAUCCUAUAAAAAGCAUGCAUGCAUGCAACGUCAGUCUUAGAUAUUUAAAGAUUGUUAUAUACCAUGGCAUGGCCAAAUCCGAAUUGCCACUGCUGUGGCAGACAUGUUACCAGAGGUAAAAUAUACACCACCACAAAACAUACGAAAUAUAUUUUGCUUAGCUUCAUAACUGUUUUGCACUGUUUUGCUUCUAUACUUUAAAGGAUGAUUAUCUCGUUUUAUUUUUAAUAUUCCACAUCUCGUGCUAUAUCAUAAAAAUUCAAAUCCUAUCUGCAUAGACAGGCAGUUUCUGUUCAUUCGACAGGAAUAAGGAAUUAUGAAUAUUCUCAUGAUUUGGCGUGCUUAAUUGAGUUAUCGACCAUGGACACGGAAAGAUGGGAAGUGUUGGUCUAUGCACUAUCUCAGACCACCUCUAUAGUGAUUGAGUGCUCUUCCAUUUCAUGUCUGUUCAAUAACUCGACUGACGAGGACAAGUCUGUAUGAAAAAAUUGUUCUCUAUAAAAUAUAAAUAUCCAAAUGCAAAUAUUUCUGAUGAAAUUUUAGUUUCUGCUAACGUAAGAAAAAGCUUUUUGAUGUAAUAUAUGAACAACGAGAGCGAGUGUUUCACCGGGAUAUCCAAACACGAGAAAACAAUGUAUGAGAACACGAGCGCGAAGCGCGAGUGUUUUCAUACAUUGUUUUCGAGUGUUUGGGUAUCCCGGUGAGACACGAGCUCGAGUUGUUUAUAUGGCUUCUCAAAUGAAUCGAGACGUAACAGAAUGUUUUCGUUUGCUGAUUAGAAUAGAAUUCUUAACCAAGCAUGCAUAACGUAAUUAGGAAUUCUAUUCAAGUAAUUUUGCAUGCGUAAUUAAGAUAUUUGAUGAAAACACUAGUGACUUUCAUCAAGUAUCCAAAUAGCAUCUUGUGAUCAAAUAGGUGAUUAUCAUUGGCUGAAUUACUCAUGAAUUAUUAAUGAAUUUGAGAAUGGUCAAUCAACUUGAAAAUCACCUGAUCGGAAAUUGGCAGCUUGCCACGAAUCAAGCUUGAGUCGAGUCGAGUUUAAAAUAAUUGAAUUUUAUUGACAAGGUUUUGGCUUCCUGGCAAUUAAAGGUACUAAUUUUGAAUUUGUUUCAAUAUUUGCUGCGGUUAGGCAGUUUAGUCUAUCAUUAUGCACUAAACUACUCACUCUGCACGUUGUGCAAUGUGACUCUGUUUAUAUCUUCGUUUGAUUGGCAUGGUAUUAUAGUUUUCAUAGAAACUUUGGUCAAAAUUAAAUUAAUUAUCUGCCAUGCAGACGUAAAUGGUCGAGGGUUUUUUAUUGAACAAGUUAUAUUUUAUUGAUUAGAAAAACGAAAAAUUAAUUGUAUUAUUGCAAUGAAAUAAUUAUUUUUUUAAUUAAAUAAUUAAUUAAUUAAUGCGGUGAAAUAAACUGAAUAGUUUUUGUCAAAAUUAAAUAUUUCAGAAAUGAUUAUGUUAUACCAAAAAUUUUUCAUGUGAAAUGUUUAAAUUAAGCAAAAUGACAUGAAAGUUUUGAAAGGUGUCAGAUCUCAAGAUACACUGAAGACAAAAAAUUGAAUGUCAGAUUAACCUUGAGAUAUAACGUCGGUCUAUUGCACUAUUUCAUUACGUGAUAGCGCGUGCGCGUGCACACGCACGCUCGGCGCUCCGUAAAAUUAUUUAAAAUUUUGCAUCAAAACUAAACGUUAAAGUUUCGACUUCAUUGGAAAAUAGUGGAUAAGGAUAUUGUCUUGGGUAUUAUUAGAUUGGCGUACGAUUUUUGGUUGUCUACAUCAAGAAAAAGCGUAAAAUAUCGCAGUUUUUGGUUUGAAUCAAGCUAUCAGCUGGAAUCACAAGUUUUGUCUGACGCAAACAAACGAACACGCGUCAUCGCUCGCGCUAUAACGGCUGCCAAUUAGAAAAAUCUCAAUCAAUAUCGAAAUUAAUCAGAACAAAUUUAUAUUAAUUUCGCGCGUAAAUCGUUUUUAAUACGUUUAAUUUGCGGCGAAAUGGUUGUUUUCAAACGUAAACCUAGUGGUGGUUCUUUGGACACAGUGGUGGUUCGAAAUUUCCGGAAAUCGGUUGGAAAGUUUUCGUGCACGGUUUCCCUUUGGUUUUUCACUUUCACUUUGUUCCAACAAGGACCAUCAAAGACAAGAAAUGCCCGCCUUGGAUUGACGGAGAAGUUCGCCAUUUCAUAAGAAAUAAAUACGAUGCUUUGAGAAAAUUUCGGAAGGACAGAUCUGAUAUCCGCAAACAAACCUGCGCGAACUAAGUCAAAAAGUGAAAUAUUUGAUAAGGGCAAAGCACCGCGACUAUCUCAAGAAAAUCGAAGGUUCUUUCAAGGACAACCCAAAAUUAUUUUGGAGUUACCACAAGGCUAUCUUACACCACCAUGGAAAGUCAACUUCGAAAAUAACACAUAAUGGCAAAACAGCAACUACACCAGCUGGUAAGGCAGCACUGUUCAAUUCAUAUUUCUUUUCUGUAUUUCGUCCUCCCUCUUCGCUACAAGAUAUCGACAAUAGGAAUUUACUAGAUUAUCCUCCACCCGAAAUACUAUUAUCCGAACUCACUGUGACAGUCGAAGAUGUUACAAAUUAUCUCAAUGCUCUGUACAUCACGAAAGCAAGUGGGCCCGACGAAAUCCCUGCUCGUCUCCUUAAAACUUGUAGCAAUAAAAUCGCACCAAGCCUCUGCUCCCUCUUCAACCGAUCGCUAGAAACAGCUCGUUUACCGUUGGAAUGGAAAAUGGCCAAUAUCACUUCUGUGCACAAAAAGGAUUCCCUUGAACCAGCCAUCAACUACAGACCUAUCUCCCUGCUGUGCAUAAUAAACAAAGUUCUAGAACGUCUUGUUGGGAACGGUCUGCGUGCUCAGGUAAAACAUCUCAUCACAACGCCGCAACAUGGUUUUCAACGCAACCGCUCGUGUGCCACCCAACUUGUAAUAUCCUAUGUUAUUACGUGGGGGGACAGGUGACAGGUGGACGGAUAUAAAGGGGAGAACAUGGAGACUCGAGAACAAAACUAGCUUGUAUAUUUGAUGUUCAAAGAGAAUAUUAUAUUGGCGACGAGGAUCUAUUAACACAAACAACAAAACAACCCAGCGCAAGAUCUUACUCAAGUCAGAAAGAUCAGUACACUCUUGUGUUCAUAUUCAGAAACACCAAGCCGUUCGAUAGCGAAAAACGUACGCUAGGCGUCUACACGUGGCGGGAAAGCAAGCAAACAUAACGCUUUAAAACUCUCGAUUUAACGGCUCAAAACAGCCUAACACACAACAAAACAUGGCAACAGCUCUGCCAACAUUCCCUUCCUUCGAUCCCAACGCGGACCAGGGAGCACCCGGCGUCAGAUUUAAGAAAUACAUCGCUCGUUUUCGAAAUUUGAUAGUCGCUACAGACAUCGAUGAUCCCAAACGUCAAAAGGCGCUCCUGUUACACUACAUCGGUGAAGAAGUCAAUGAUAUCUUUGAAACACUCACAGUCAGUGAACCGGCAGAAGGAGAAACAGUUCUAGACGUCACAAUUAAAGCACUAUCUGAAUACUUUACACCAAAGCAAAACCCUGUAUUCGAAGAAUAUAAAUUUCGCAACGCCAAACAAACCAACGACGAAGCUCUUAUGACGUACUAUACACGACUCAAACAACUUUCCCUCACCUAUGAAUUUCACGAUGCCGAUCGCGAAAUCAAAUCUUAGAUCAUCCAACACGGCCGCUCGCGACGACUUCGACGAAAAGCUUUAAUCGAUCCAACUAUAACCUUGGCAAAACUUCUAGAAAUGGGUAAAGCGGUGGAGCUAGCCGACUCGCAAGCAGCGAACUUAGAACGAACAGAGAACGUCAGCCAUUUCACAACCGGAAGUAGCAAAAACCACAACAAAGCACGCUUCCGAUCCCGGAGCCCCGGUACCAGGGUGAAAUGUCGUAAUUGUGGAGGCACAUACCCGCAUGAAAGCGGAAAAACUGCUUGCCCAGCAUACGGAAAAGAAUGUCGCUCCUGUGGAAAAUUAACCACUUUCAGUCCGUAUGUCUCCAAGACAGACAACGUUCAAACCCCACCAAACCACGUCAGCGACGCUACCCGCAAACAGCCGAGCGACAGGACGUCCGAGCGAUGGACAACACCGCAGAAACUGACUACAGCGAUGACAGCGACGAAGUUGGCGUGUUCCGAAUCAACGUCAACAACAUGACUUCGGAUCGCAACAAACACCCAUUAUUUGACGUCACCAUCGAGGGAACACUGCUGACCAUAAUGGCAGACUCUGGUUCCAGUAUCAACAUUCUGGAUGAGCAAGAUUACAACAAGCUCUCCCCACGACCGAGUUUGGAGCAAACACGCAUCAAAGUUUAUCCUUACCAGACCGAGACACCCCUACCCGUCCUUGGGCAAUUUACCUCCACCGUCACAUCGGAAACAGUCAACCGUACAGAGACAUUCUAUGUUGUGAAAGGAACCAGUGGGUCAUUGCUUAGCUGGCGCACUUCUACCGACCUGCAGCUACUCAAAGUCGUAAAGCCCAUUACACAUCAAAACCUUCCCACCGUUGAACAGCUCACCACCCAAUACCAGGACUUGUUCCAAGGACUCGGCAAGUUGAAAGAUUACCAGGUUCAGCUUCAUAUUGACGAAGGUGUACCACCAGAUGCCCAACCACACCGACGCGUGCCGUUCCAUGUGCGCAAACAACUUGAGGAACAGCUAAGUCAGGACGAAAAACUGGGUGUAAUCGAACGCGUGGAGGGCCCAACUCCCUGUGUAUCGCCCAUUGUUGUGGCACCAAAGCCCAAGUCACCCGGAAAGGUCCGUGUAUGCGUUGACAUGCGUCGUGUAAACACAGCAGUCCAGCGUGAACGCACAUCACCCCAACGAUCAAGGAAAUCAUCGGCGAUUUGAAUGGUGCAACUGUCUUUAGCAAACUCGACCUCAACCAGGGUUACAACCAAUUAGAACUAGCCCCGGAAUCCAGGUACAUUACCACCUUCAGCACCCACCUUGGGCUCAUGCGCUACAAGCGACUCAACUUUGGAAUAUCUAGUGCCGCCGAAAUCUUUCAAAACGCCAUCCGCGAGAGUCUUGACGGCAUCCCGGGCGCAAUUAACAUCAGCGAUGAUAUACUCGUUUUUGGCAAGACCCAGAAGGAGCAUGAUCAAGCACUCGCAGCAGUGUUUCAGCGGCUUCGAGAACGCGGGCUGACCUUGAACAAACUCAAGUGCGAGUACAGCAAAAACAGCCUUGAGUUCUUCGGGUACAUUUUUGGUGCAGAUGGCAUGGCCCCCAAUCCAAAGAAAGUCCAAGAUAUCCUAAACCUCAAAGCCCCAACGUCAGUCACAAAAGUCCGUAGCCUGCUAGGCAUGACCAACUACUGUGCACGAUUCGUCGAGGGAUAUGCCACAAUUACUGAACCUCUGCGAGCCCUUACCCACAAGAACCAUGCCUGGGAGUGGAUGGACAAGCAGGAACAUGCCCUGGCCCAGCUCCGGCAUGUGUUGGCCAAUGCACCUGUCACAGCGUACUUCAACCCUGAGAAAACAACUGAAAUCUCUGUUGAUGCAAGCCCGGUUGGGCUGGGCGCCAUCUUAGCGCAAAUCGAUCCCACAACCAAAGUCAAGCGUAUCAUUGCAUAUGCCAGCCGGUCUCUGACCACCACCGAGCAACGCUACAGCCAGACCGAGCGCGAAGCCCUCGCUGUAGUAUGGGCAUGUGAACACUUUCACCUCUACAUUUACGGCAAGCCAGUCAAUGUCUACACAGACCACAAGCCCCUCGUUGCUAUCUAUGGCAACGCGAACUCGAAACCACCUGCUCGUAUCGAAAGAUGGGCACUCAGACUUCAACCAUACCAGACCACCGUGCAUUACCGAAAAGGAGAAGAAAAUCCUGCAGACUAUAUGUCUAGGCACCCUUCCAGCCACACCGAACCCUGCAGCAGACAGGAAAAAGUUGCUGAAGAGUACAUAAAUUACAUUGCCACAACUUCAACACCAACUGCACUCACCCUCAGCAUGAUUGCAGAGGCCACAGGACGUGACCCAACCCUCCGUGCCGUCAUAGACGCCGUUCAAUCAGGCAAGUGGCAUGAACUAGCCAAGCAUCCAAAGGUCGACACUGACACAUUUCACACAUACGAACGCCUCAAAGAUGAGUUAACCGUUGGAACAACAACCCAAGUAGUCAUUCGCGGAACGAAAUUAGUGAUUCCAAACAAGCUACAACGUCGCGUCGUAGACUUGGCUCACGAAGGUCACCAAGGCAUUACCAAAACCAAAUCCCUACUACGAGAGAAGGUGUGGUUCCCCGGAAUCAACAAAAUGGUCGAAGAACGAGUAAAAUCCUGUCUCGCAUGCCAAGUUGCAACCCCGGAGGCAGCACGUGAGCCGUUACAAAUGUCUACUUUGCCCGAUCAAGCGUGGGACGAGAUAAGCGUUGACUUUGCUGAACUCUCAACAGGGGACUACCUCUUGGUGGUAUCUGACGACUACUCACGCUAUCCAAUUGUUGAAGUUAUUCGUUCAGUGGCAGCCCAAGCUGUAAUUCCUAAACUCCAACACAUCUUUUCACAAUUUGGCAUUCCAGGAAUUCUGAAAUCCGAUAACGGUCCGCCGUUCAACUCCGAAGCCUUUGCAACUUUCGCCGCUAACCUGGGAUUUACCCACAGAAAGAUCACUCCCUAUUGGCCAAGAGCCAAUGGCGAAGUAGAGCGGUUCAUGAGGACGGUAAAGAAGAUCGUGAAGAUUGCACUUACACAGCAGAAACCAUGGCGGGAAGAACUAACCAACUUCCUUCGGAACUUCAGAGCUACACCACACAGCUCAACUGGAAAGGCCCCAGCAACAGCCUUCUUCAAUCGCCAACUCCGAACGAAGCUACCCGAUGUACACACCAAUGCACGGGACCUGGCCGAGAUCCAAGAGACGGACCAGAAAGCCAAAAGAAAGAUGAAGAAAUAUGCUGACUCGAAAGCAUACGUCAAGCCAUCGAGAGUACGACCUGGCGAUACCGUGGUCCUAAAGCGUGAUCCCUCACAUCGAAAGUCCGAAACCCCGUAUGAACCAAAGCCAUACAAAGUAAUCAGCUGCAAAGGCUCGAUGGUAACCGCCACGCGAGGAGAAAAGACAGUGACCAGAAACUCGUCGUUCUUCAAGCUCGUCAGACAACAAAAUGAACCAACGGAAGGCGACUCAACCGAUGGAGAACAUGAUAACCUCGAAGAUACGGACGGUGAACCGGACAACAUUGCACAGGCUGAAGAACAGCAACAAGAACCUCACCGUUAUCCUCAACGCGUUCGAGCGCCACCAAGACAUCUAGCAGACUAUGCAUAG